AUGAAUACCGUUGCAGAGUUGGCCACUUACAUCAGCUCUCUUCGCGGUGAUGAAGAGCAGGCUUUGGUGAAGCAGGUCGUCCCUGUUAUCGAGGCCAAGAACGUUACCGAGGCCACUAACAUCCUCGUCAAGGAGAGCAAGACUUUGUUGGAGGCUCCCGAGAAGGAAUUCGAGUCUGCCUACAACUUGCUUGUCGCUAUUGCCCUCGUCGAGUCCGAGAAGUCCGUCUUGGAGCAGAUCUUGGCUAGCCUCACCUCUGAGCCCACCCAGAAGACUACCCUCAAGUUCAAGGUUCUCUCCAACAUCUUCAACACCCUCCCUGCCAACUCGCCUCUUCGCCUUUCGGUUUUCACCGCUAUUGUGGACUUGGCUGUUGCCAGCGAUGACAUGGAUCUCGUCCUUCCCCAGCUCCAGUACGUUCCCAACUGGAUCAGCGAGUGGGGUGUCGAUGUCCAGGCUGAGCGCGCGUUGCUGUUGACCUUGUCCGACCGCUUGAAGGAGUCUGGAAACCAGUACCAGUCUUUGGAGUUCCUUCUUAAGCACCUUACCAGCUUCAACGGCUCCUCCGAUUCGGUUCCCCUGGCCACCGCCACCCGUGCUAUUGUUGAGUCGAUCGCCCUCCCCGAGGUCCUUAACUUUGAGAACUUGUUGAAGAUUGAGGCUAUCCAGAACUUGAAGGCCGAGAAGGUCUACGAACUCCUCUCUGUCUUUAUGAGCGGAAACGUCCAGGAUUACCGUGGUUUGGUCGCCAAGAACGGCGGUCUUGUCAAGGAGCUUGGAUUGGAGGAGGAGGAGACUUUGCGCAAGAUCCGCCUCUUGUCCUUGGCCUCGUUGGGAUCUGAGAACUUGACCCGUCAGCUCAGCUAUCAGGAGAUUGCCAAGGCCUUGGAGGUUGAGGAGAGCGAGGUUGAGUUGUGGGUCAUUGAUGUUAUCCGCGCUGGAUUGGUCGAGGCCAAGUUGAACCAGGUCUCCAAGACGGUUAUUAUCAACCGCUCGAUCUACAGAACUUUCGGCAACGCUCAGUGGCAACAGUUGAGCCAGCGUUUGAACGGAUGGAAGCAGUCCUUGACCGAUAUCCUUCAGGUCAUUGCCAACGCCAAGUUGACUACCGGCGCUGCCGUUAGCACCGCUGUCAUCACCAACACCGCCAACUAA